UGAAAAUCAUGCUAAUUGGUAAAUUCAUUCUACCAUCAUCACCACCUCAACAAGUCAAUCAGUCGACUUACUUCUUCUACUGGUAAUCUUUGAAUUUAUCUCCCAAAUCUGAUUGCAGUGAUCAAAAUCUUGUGCUUUUUCCUCCACAAUCGAAUUCUUCCUUUUCAUUAUAUAACAACGAUUUUACCCAGAGAGGAGAACGACAGGGAUCUCCGAGGAUGACGCUCGCCAUGGUUGAUUGCCGGAGUUUGAUCCAGUUUUGCAGGGCUUUUCAUCCUCACAUGAACAACAAGAAUUUCAUGAAUCCCAAUUCAUCCACCUCGUUUCGGUCCAGAACUCGCCGGCUAACCACUGAUUCUCUGAACCCUUUUUCUCGUCAAUUCUGCCAUCGCUCUCCCAUGGCUGCCAUCGAUCUCAUCAUACUCCUAUUGGUUCUGGCCUCCGUGGCCUUUUUGAUCCUUCCCUACUUGAAAUUCUUCUUCUGUCAACUUUUGCCCGUUAUUCAUGGUUUCGUUCUUGACCUCAUCCUCGAUGAGCCGCUGCCGUAUGUCAUCGGUUUCGUUCUCGCGCUGGUUGGACUUAUUCUCGCCGUGCUUAUCGAUAUCAGGCUCAGGAAAUGCGGGAAUCCUCAUUGCAAAGGCUUGAGAAGGGCCGUUGAGUACGAUAUUCAGUUGGAAACCGAGAAAUGUGUCAAGUACUCCGCGCCACCUCCGGAUGCUUAUGGAGACAAUAAUGGGUUGACGCCGCUGGAAUUGGGGCAGGAUCGAGAAGAAUUGGAGGCCGAAUUGAAGAAAAUGGCGCCUCCAAAUGGGAGGACUGUUCUUAUAUUCCGAGCUCCAUGCGGAUGUCCUGCUGGUAGAUUGGAGGUUUGGGGACCUAAGAAAAUUCGUAGGAUCAAGAAAUAAAUGAGCUUUUCCAUACAUACAUGCUUGUUUUAGAGCAAUAUACCUGUCAUGUUCAGACAAUUUUUCUUGACUUUAUAAAAUAAGUGAUGUUCUACUGGGGAUUAUGUAAUAAAACACAUUCAUGUUCUUUGUUACAGGAAAUUAACCAAAAGGGAUAGAAUACUUUAUUUUCUAGCUGUUCAUGAAUUAUUACACAACAAUGAGAUUCAGUUCUGAUGUUUAUAGCCUGAAGCAAAGCUUUAUAUAUUUCAGAUUACUGAAUGCAGUUGUCUGUAUGGUGCAAUGAUAUGUCACUUCUGUUACCUUAAUUGGAACUCUUCAUGAGGUUGUUCUGAAAUCUAGAUGUCCUGAAGCAGUGGCAACUUUAUAUUGAAAUCUGUUUGGUUGUUUUUGUGAGGCGAAAGUAUUACCUAUUAGACUAACAAUUUCAUUGCUUAAUAAUCAAAUUUUAUUUGCAUUAAUAAUGCAUUAUUUCACUUUGAAAUGAUGCACUGGAGAUUGGCAAUAUUAGGAGCCAAUGGACUGGUGCUUUAGAAGAAGGCAAAUAGAAGAAAACUCAAAUAUACUUGAAAUCUUAUCCCCUUUGGAGCGUUCCCUGUUUUGCAAUGAUGUUUGCCUUAUGCUUCCAAUAGUUUAUUUGCUUGAUUGAAGAAAACCUAGAGGUGAACAAAUACACUUAAAGUUUUGGAGCAUGGGUAGAAACCCUUCGCAUAUCUAUCAUCUGAUGAUUGAACCACUAAUAUAGAAUACGAUAUCUUUGCUUUCCUUUUGUCUUUUGGCCUAUGAAUUAAUCAUAUGAUGUAAAAUCUUGAGAAAGUAACCUGUGAACAUGAAAGAAAAAAGUACCCUGUUAAUAUAUCUGUGUCUUCAGAAAGAUGGUGAAGCCUCCACCUGUUAGCAAAGCAACUACUGAUAUAGCACAAGCUAGGAGGUGGUUUCUGGUGGAAUGUGUUGUAUCCAUGUGUCCGGUUUGGACCUCCUCGGAAGUGAGGAGUGCAUUCUGGUAAGUUUGGAGAUGAUGUUAUUAAAGUGAUUAUUGUAAUACAUCUUACUUGAAAAGUAUGUAACAUCUUGUGUUCUGUAUGUUUGGUUGGUGUGAAUGCCAUGCAUUUCAUUGUGUUCUUAGCUAAUCAUUGGCAGCCAAAACAUCCAAAUCUAACUUUUUAUCCAUUAAAGCUACAUUGCUUGUUCAGAGGUCUGAUCUUCAUAUUCUCAUGUCUAAUUCGUGAAUUUCAACAUAUUUGGUAAACUUUCUGCCUGCUUUUGAGCUGCAAAUGCUCUGAUAUUAUACAUCCUGUUGGGUUCUUCUCUGCCAUCCAGUUCAUCCUUAAAAAGCUGCUGGUGCUGAUGGCUCUUCCUCAUGGAUUUCCGAUUCUUGGAGUGAAAUCUUGCUGUAAUUUAUGUUUCUGUCUUACCCGUCUCUCCCUGUUGUUCUUGAAGGAUGAGUCUGGAGGAUAUGCAUGGGUUCAAUGGGUUCUGUCCCAUUUAAUGGUGCAUUUGUAGGACAACCAGAGUUUAUGCCAACCUUAUGGUUGGUCUUCUUAUUGUCAUGAGAUUCUUUGCUGAGCCAUGAACCUAUCUGAAGAGGAUGGAAGAAACUGAUAGAAAGGUUUGUCCCCGCACCGUCUGAAAUGGACUCAGACCUUUAAAUAUAAAUAACUGACCUGUUCUGGUAGCUGAUAUUUGGUGUUUUUGCAAUUUCAUAUUUCAUUGCUCUGGCAACCAUGAACUCUGUUGCUCUGAUACCAUAUAAAGUUCCUUCUGAAAUGGGAAACGUGGCCAGUGGAAAAAUUUAAGGAGUUGAAAAGAGAGGGAGGAAAGAAGAAUGUGAUUGUGGGCUGAGAGCAUGUAUCAAAUGACGUCGUAGCAAUGGAGUCCCGAAUAUCCUCGUCUCCCGGAGCUAACAUUUCGAUGUUACAGUUUAGAACAUAUUCAGGAUCUAAGAUCAAUUUGGCAUGUGGCUGGUUAGUGUCAACCUCCCAAGAAAGUGGUAGAUUUUACAUCUUCAUAAUCUUUGUAAAAAGAUAAAGAACCCUAUUGGGUUCUACCUAUGUAUAAUUGUGAGUUCUGUGAUGUUGUUUGGUUCGCAGAAAUUUGUAUUCAGAUCAAGUACUUGUGCAAGAAGAAGUGAUCAGUUUCCUACCCCGGAAAGAACGUUCAAUGACCUAAAGGAAUGUGUUUAGUGUCAUAACUCUAAAGCGCAGUCGCAGAAAUUUGUAUUCAGAUCAAUUUUAAAUAAACUUAGAUGA